CUGAACGACUCCUCCAUGCUGAACCUCAGCUUUCUGCCCAGUAACUGGUUCAACAACGGCACGGGGGACAGCUUCCUGCCGCUGAGCAUCAAGAUCACCAUUGUGGUCGUCUACUCCAUUGUGUGCAUCGUGGGGCUGGUGGGCAACUGCUCCGUCAUGUAUGUGAUCAUCAGAUUCACCAAGAUGAAGACAGCAACCAACAUCUACAUCUUUAACCUCGCACUGGCAGAUACCUUGUGUCUGAUGACCUUACCCUUCCAGGGUACAGACACGUUCCUGGGCUUCUGGCCCUUUGGCAAUGUCCUCUGCAAGAUUGCCAUCUCUAUAGACUACUACAACAUGUUCACGAGCACCUUCACGCUGACGAUGAUGAGCGUGGACCGCUACAUUGCUAUCUGCCACCCUAUCAAAGCACUGGACAUCCGCACUCCCCACAAGGCCAAAGUGGUCAAUGUCUGCAUCUGGGCACUGGCUUCUGUCUUUGGCAUCCCAGCAAUGGUGAUGGGAUCUGCAGAGAAUGAAAACAAUGAAAUUGACUGUCUGAUUAAGCUCCCUUCACCUGUGGAUUACUGGGAUCCAGUGUUUGGCAUCUGUGUCUUUCUCUUCUCCUUUAUGAUCCCCGUGUUGAUCAUCACCAUUUGCUACAGUCUCAUGAUCAGACGACUCAAGAACGUCCGUGUCCUUUCAGGCUCCAAGGAGAAGGACCGCAACCUGAGGCGCAUCACCCGCAUGGUCCUGGUGGUGGUGGCAGUCUUCAUCAUUUGCUGGACUCCCAUCCAGAUCUUCGUGCUGGUCCAGUGCUUGGGUGCCAAGGCAGAAAGCGAGCUCGAGCUGGCCAUCUCCUGCUUCUGCACUGCGCUGGGGUACGCCAACAGCAGCCUGAACCCCGUGCUCUACGCCUUCUUAGACGAGAACUUCAAGGCAUGCUUCAAGAAGUUCUGCUUCCCCACUGCCUUCAGGACGGAGCUCCAGAUGUCCAACAGGAUGUGCAGCAUCGCCAAGGAUGUGGCCUAUGCCUGCAAGAACUCGGAGGGGACUAACAAUCCGGCCUGA